UACGGGGGCCAGCCAUCGCCAUUAGUAGUGUGCCGAUCGUGUGUUUUGUUUGAAUGCCAUUUCAUUUGCCAACCCUUCCUAAGUAGCAACCGGAACGUCUCAAACUACUAGCGGAAAAGCUAGUAGUAAACAGUGUGUGUGUGUGUGAGUGUGUUUGUGACUGUGUUGUGUCGUUGUUGUGAUUCCUCCGUUGGUUGUUAUUCACGCAACAGAUCUUUGCUGUGAGGUGACCGGAAAACUCUGAGAGUCGGUUCGAUUGAGUGAAAUUCAAUCAAGUGUCGCCAGUGAUAGCCCGGAAGGUGGCAUUAAUCGGGGGAUCCGCCGGUAGCGGCAUAUCAACGGAGUGAUACAAACAUAUCUUCGUCACGGUGAUAGUAAAAACCCGCAAAACCAUUUCGGGCGAGUGACACAAAAUUUGACGAAAAAUCCAAUUUAUCAACACCGUUUUCCGGGCCUGCGGCAGGGGUUAAAGUGGACUGACGGUGGAGAUCAGUGGACACUGUUCGGUAACAACAAUCGUUUAUUCGAAACCCAAAACGUCGUCAUCGAUGAACGGUGAUGAAUGGCACUGUCAAGAUGUGAAAGAUAACUAACAAGCGAGACACACAUGCUACACCGACACUGACGUCGCUCUCAAUGGCAGAACCGAAUUUCGUCCAGCGAAACCAUCCACCACCACCAUCACCGAGCAACCACCAUCGAGGACAUCGAGGACAGCGAGAAACAUUGCGUCUAGCCGUCGGCAGUAUACGCGCUCGUCCGGUGCUAGAGGAACCAACCGGUCGCCAUACCCAACUGGCGCUACGGUGGUAACACGCAUCGGCCAGCAAACCAUAUCCGAGCCGCGUCUUUCGUAGUUAGGAUUUUAAGUAAAUUUUACAAAACCGCCGCGCUGCAGCAAUAGCGAGCACCGAGCCAGGCAGUGGUUGCUGUGGUGAAAAACAAAAACAGAACGCCAUCGUCACCAUGAUUCGAUCGUACAAACUCUAUCUGAUGCUGCUGGGCAGCUCGAUCUUCUUCCUCCUGUGCCAGAAUCAGUCCUCGAUCACGUGCUUCGUCAGCAACGUGUCCUCGAGUGCGGCGGCCGCAGUCGCCGCCAGUGCUACCGCCGAUGAUACACUUGGGUUGGGGCAAGGGCGUGGCGUCGCAGCGGCCGACGGUGAGAUAUCGUUCGGUGAGAAGAUCCGCUCGCGAAGCCUCAACUUUAAGGACAUUCCGCUGAAGCUAGACCGCUCUUCGUCGACGUCCGCAGCGACCAGCAGUUCGGCCGUUACAUCGACCACCACGGCUUCAACGACCAGCACGACCAGCACGACGACGACCACUACGGUGAAGCCUCCUUUAUCGGCUCCCUUGGCCAACAGUAUUGAUGAGGCAAUGUAUCGAUUUCCGGUGGACACCGCGGUGCUACCACCGCUCUACAUCAUCACACCCACAUACCGGCGGCCGGAACAGAUUCCGGAGCUUACCCGGCUCGGCUACACGCUAAAACAUGUGCAGAACGUCCUGUGGAUUGUGGUAGAAGACUCGGAGAACUGCACCGAAAGCGUUCGCCAUCUGCUGGAUGAGAUCGGUGUAUCGUACGUGCAGAUCACAGCUCCGAUGCCAUCGAAGUACCGCAAGCAGAAGAUAAAGCCACGGGGCGUAUCCAACCGCAACCGGGCGCUUCAGUGGAUCCGAGCGAACGCCACGGAAGGUGUCCUCUACUUUGCGGAUGACGAUAACACCUACAACCUGAGACUAUUCGAACAGCUUCGAUGGGUCCGCAAGGUGGCCAUGUUUCCGGUGGGGCUCAUCUCUAAGUUCCAGGUUAGCUCACCGAUCGUGAAGAACGGUACGAUAACGGGCUUCUACGAUGGUUGGGUCGGUGGACGUAAGUACGCUCUGGAUAUGGCAGGUUUCGCCGUAUCCGUCAAGUUCCUGCUUUCACGACCGCACGCCCAGAUGCCGUAUAAGCCCGGCUACGAGGAGGACGGGUUCCUACGUACCCUCGAACCAUUCACGUUCAGCGAGGUCGAGCUGCUAGCAUCAAACUGUACCGAGAUACUAACAUGGCACACACAGGCGAGGAAAAAUUCGCCAGCACCGGCACUCGAUCGGAAGAAGUACGCCGGCACAAAUCUGCUGAAGUUGACCAGCUGGCUGGUGUAGAAAGAGUGGAAUACGACCGGGCACCUGCUGGGCGUUCCGCGUUGGUUGAAGAAACUGUCCGUCUGGGUGUUCAGGCAGUCACCCUGAAAUCCCGAGAAAGAUGCCGAAGAUCGAACCGCCAUAUAAUGGCCGACUAGCGGAAUUGACGCAGGCAAACGCGCCAAUCGACUACCAAACCUAGGCUAGCGGGUUCGUUUCGAGUAUACAGGGGCUGCGGCUGAAGCCGAGUGUGUGUGCGUGUGUGUUUAUUGUGAGAGCCAGAAUUGGUACUUAAAAUCGUUUAGCUAGACGACGGGCGGGGAGGGACGUAGUCUUUCCUUAGUUUUGCGGAUCAUCUUGAUACGCUAACCACGUACGAACUGAACUGAAAAUUUUAAAUAGCAAAAUUGGGAUCUUUGUCCGAAGUAAAUCGAGGCCACGGCCAUUUGCUAGUGUGUCGACGGGAGAUAGUAGAGUAAGACAAACCGAAUAGUGGCCAAAACUAGGCGACAGACAAAGCAACAUAAACUAUAGCACACAAACACUAGCGACGGCACAUGUCAUGCUCAGUGAUAAAACUUUCGUUUCGGUUCCAUUACCGUAAUCCGUGUACGUUUUGAUUAGUCGCAAGAUAGCAAAUGCGAUUAACGGGAAGGAUGUAGGUUCAUACUUUGCACCAGCUAAAGUGACACAACAGGAGUAUCGAACGACUAGAUUGGCGUAGUAAGCGAUGCAGGGAAAAGAUUCUCUCUGGGAGUGGGACAAAACGACAAGGAGAUUUCUUUUAUUUAUUGAACAAUGCAUUGGAGCAUCAUGAUAUGGCAAGAGAGAAAAAAAAGAAAAAAAACCGUCGUUUAAUCGUUAACAUACAGUAUACAUAAACAAUAUGCAAACCCAAUUAUACACUUACUACAUACGUUCACAUUCACAUUUCAAUUCCAAUAACAGAUAAACGACAAAGAUCGAUCCAAAAACCAACCCUCCCAAGUUUAGGAUUCUAGAUAGUCACGUUUUUAACCAAUUAACUUGUAAGCUUCGAAACCAAAGGAUGCACUCUCCUUGACCAAGUGCGUUAAGCAGAGGUACUUGUACAUAAUUGGGAAUUCCAAGAAUAUUUCCUUUACUUCAAUCUCGAACCAGCGUGUAGAUAAGCGAUUCCGUAGCCUAGCGUAUCCAAAUUCAAAUGUUUUUUUUUUAUGAUUUAAAGUAGCAGAUAGAUAAGUAAGAUACUCCUUCUACUCAAUCGAUAAGCACCCAAAAUCCCUGCCGGGGAGGGCAUGGAAAGAUGCAUGACUUACAGUAUGUACCUAUCCCUGAAGCAAUCGUUCUACCGAUAAGACAGUGGACAUGUAAGUAGCGUAACAGAGCAGGAGUUUUGUUCCAAAAGUAAAAAAAAAACUGAAAAGCGAUACUUUCCUGUCGCAAAAGAGCUUCUUCUGGUGUUGUAAACCUAGCCCGUUGUUUGAUCUGUAACGUGUGUGUGACCUAUUGUGUAAUUUUGCAUCUUUGCUCAUGUUUCGCUAUCUAUUUGUUUUACUUUUAUCAACAACAACAUUCUUGAUAUUAAAACCAUUCGAGAGCUUUCCGGUAGAAUGGUUCACUUUCUUUGCAUAUCUUACAGUAAGUGCAAAAUAAAAGAAAACAGUAUAACUUGUUCAAAGUGUUGCCAUCGUGCGAGAAGAAGUAUCUGCGUGCGAAAGGACAUAUGCAGAGGAGGGCAGAGAAAGGACUCAAUGUUGAAAUGGGCAAGGCGAAGAGCGUGUAUGAAAUACGAACAAACUGAAACGUAGACGAGAACUGUGGAGAGGAAUUGAGAAAUGAUAUGUUGGUUGGCCAUAAAAAUGUAAGAAGGGAAUGAAUACAACUUGUGAUUUUAAGCUGACAUGCCGAAAGGGAGAGCGAAGAAACAUGUCCUAAUAUUAGGGUGUUGGAGGGACGGGGAAAAGUAGUUCUUUUGUCGGAAAAGGGGAAAAACAGCGUACCAGCACUGCACGGGAUUCAUAAGUGAUAAUCUACUAUUUGACUCUAAGGAAACAGGAAUUUUGCAGAAGAUGACAACUUGAAAACAAUAAAAUCAACUUCA